ACAAUGGCCACAUACGAAGAAGUUAAAGACGUACCCAACCAUCCUGAAGUUUAUUUGAUCGAUGUCAGGAACAAAGAUGAAGUUGCAUCCACUGGUGCUUUGCCGGCAAGCAUUAACAUUCCAUUGCCUGAAUUGGAAGGUGCUUUCAAAUUGUCUGAUAAUGAUUUCAAGACAAACUUCAAUCGUGACAAGCCCUCGGAAGAUGCUGUCAUUAUAUUCAGUUGCCUGAAGGGAGGUAGAGCCCAAAAGGCUGCUGAUUUGGCCUUGGCAAAUGGUUUCAAGAACGCCAAACCCUAUCCCGGCUCGUGGACCGAGUGGGCACAAAAGGAAGGUCUAUAA